AUGACUGACACCAAGGAGCAUGGAAGCGACGACUCUGGCUCUACCGAGCAGGUCGCUGUCUUCGAGCGUCCGACGGGCCUCAGAGGCCUAUAUGCCCAUCCAAUAACCCAGGUGACCAUGCUUGGUUUGGUCUGCUUUAUGUGCCCAGGCCUUUUCAAUGCGUUGAACGGUCUCGGUGGUGGAGGACAAGUAGAUACGGCGACGAGUGCAAAUUCCAAUGCUGCGCUCUACGCGACGUUUGCAGUUUCAGCCUUUUUUGCUGGGUCUAUCAACAACAAACUUGGAUCGCGUUUGACCCUCCUGCUAGGAAGUACCGGAUAUGCUCUUUACAUUGGUUCUUACCUAGCGAUGAACAUCCACCCUAACGCCGGAGGAUUUGUUAUUGCUGCUGGAGCAAUCUUGGGCAUUUGUGCGGGGCUGCUCUGGACUGCCCAAGGAUCUCUGAUGCUCUCGUAUCCUACCGAGAAUCAAAAGGGAAGAUUCAUCAGUAUAUUCUGGACAAUUUUCAACUUGGGAGGCGUCGUUGGAGCUUCCGUCUCGCUUGGCUUGAACUUCAAUUCCACGGCAAACUCCGUCGGAAACGGAACCUACAUUGCUUUCCUCGUCCUUACCAUGAGCGGCGUGCUUAUUCCGAUGUUCAUGGUCGAUCCCCAUAAGAUGAUUCGUACGGAUGGUACCAAGGUUUCCUCGCCUCGUCAUCCAUCCUGGAAGGUCGAGAUCUAUGGUCUGUGGGUCGCAGUCCGGGAUGACCCGCUCAUCAUCAUGCUCUUCCCAAUGUUCUUUGCGUCGAACUGGUUCUACACCUGGCAGUUCAACAACUAUAACAACGCCUUGUUCAACAUCCAAGCCCGUUCGCUGAACAAUUUAGUGUAUUGGAUCGCCCAGAUCAUCGGCUCGCUUCUCAUCGGCUUCCUCCUCGACCAGAAGAAAAUCAACCGUCGAAUCCGUGCUUUCAGUGGGUGGGGCGUGCUGUUCGCCAUGGUUUGGGUAGUACAUAUUUGGGCUUACUUCUAUCAGAGGGACUACACUCGCGAAUCGAUCCCGCCCGAAGCGACGAAAAUGGGCAUUUAUGACGAUGGCUAUGUCCCUCGAAUUUGGUUAUACUUCUUCUGUGGCGUCUUGGACGCGAUGUGGCAGGUUACUUCGUACUGGAUCAUGGGUGCCAUGUCGAAUGACCCUGCCAAAUUGGCCCACUUCACGGGAUUGUAUAAAUCUAUCCAAUCCGCGGGUGCUGCAGGCAUCUGGCGAGGAGAUGCUGUUAAGAUCCCGUUUAUGAACAUUUUCAUCUCGACAUGGGUCCUGCUCGUUGUUGGCCUGGUGUUCGCCCUUCCUAUGCUUUAUAUCCGUGUUAAGGAGACAACCGAUAUCGCUGAUGAGACCUUGGCUCGCAUGGAUGAUUCGGGUCAGAUUCACUCCGCCCAUGAGGUGCAGCCGACGUCGGAAAAGUCGUAA